AUAUUUUUUCCUUCUUCCUCAUUCAUUUUGUCUUCAGUGUUUGUGCGGUGAACAUUGUCGUGCGUUGUGCGUUACACGUGCUAUAAAUUUAUUACACGUUUUCUCUAAUAAAUCAAAUAAUAAUAAUGGCAGACGCAGCCGUGGAAAAGAAGGACGCCGUCUCUGAGGAAGUCACUUCUACUGAAGUAAAAGAAUCACCAGUCAAAAAGUCACCAGCUAAAAAGGUUGCAGAAGCACCUGAGAGCAACGGAAAGGAAGAAAAUGGCAGCGGAGAUGCUCCUGAAGAUACCCCAGCAGAAAACGGAGAUGCUGAGGAGAGCAAUGAUGCUACUGAAAACGGAAAUGGCACAGAAAAGGCUGGAGUUAAGAGGAAAUCCGUAGCUGCUGACAAUGGAGAUGUAGCAGAGAAGACCACACCUGAAAAGAAGGCGAAAGUAGUGGAGGAGGCUCCUCCAGCGGAGGCAGAAGAAGCUGCAGCCUAAAGUUUUACACAUUUAGCUUGGUUUACUGCAAUGCAUCUAAGUUCAUUAGGGCUCAACUCACCCCAAAAUACAUAUCCUAUGUCAAAUACUGCCACUGCACAAUGCCAAAAACCAUAGUUUUUAUAAAUUAUACAAUUAUGUAUAAUAUGAUCUGAUUAUUAUAGACAGCGAGUUGAGCUCUUUUGCGACCACAAUUAAGUUUAGGUUUAUAAUACAUUGUGUAUUAACUUACCUGUGAAGUACCUGUAAAUUGUAAAUUUAAUAUAACUGUCAGAUGACUGGGUUGUGCAUCGCAGUGAACCAACCCUACACACGAGUCGGUUUAGGUGUUGUAUGCUGUUUUUGCGUAUUGGUGUCUAUUUCAACAGACCCGUAGUGAUGGGUUAUCGAAUUGAUGAAAAGUUAACUUUAUCGGUAUUGGAUAUAAUUUCGCCAGUAAUAUACUGCCAAAGUAUUCACCCCGAGUGAAAUCAAUUCACGAUCCGUUCUGUGAACGACGCGAUUAAUAUAAACAGCCUCUGAAAAAAAGGAUUUUAGAUAAAAUAAGAUUAAUUAAAGUGUUUAGAUAAUUAAUUCAGUUGUAAAUUUAAGUUAGCAGUAAAUGUCGCACAUUUUUAUAUUUCAUAGGCAUUAUUACUUAACCAUUUAAACAUUCCUUUGACAUUUGGUUACGGAUUGCAUUGUGAACGUGGAGACAGCUACUUUGUGAGUCGGUUGGAGUUUAUGAUCACUGUACAACGACAAAUGACUAACUUAACGCCUCUGAAUUCCAUGCUAUUCACAAGGUGCCAGAAAGAAUGUGACCGUUCACACUGUGACACUAAUUUUAAGAUGAAAUUUAAUUGAAGUUCAAAGUUGACAAGGUGAUAGUACAUAUUGACAUAAUUACUUCUGCGUGCUAUUUUUGUAUUUCAAUGGACGUCUUUAUUUUUCUUAUAUCCUGUUUUUCUAAUUUAUUUUCCUCUAUGUGAUAGUUAACAAACCUCGAAUGU